GCACCCUCUCUCGCAAACAUGUCGAUGGAGUAUGAUCCCGAAGCCAAGCAGAUUGAACCGCGCCCAGUUCCGAAGGUAGCUUCGAGCCAUGUGUUCGACCUCUUCUCCAUGAAGGGCAAGGUGGUCGCUAUCAGCGGAGCAGCGGCAGGCAUUGGGUUCGCAGCUGCGGAAGCUAUGGCAGAGGCGGGAGCGGACGUUGCGCUUUGGUACAAUAGCAACGACGCUGCCAUCGAGAAGGGAGAGGAGCUGGCAAAAAAGACUGGCGUCAAGGUCAAGGCGUACAAGGUUGGCGUCACUGAUCUGGAAGAGGUGCGCAAAGCGGUCGAGCAGGUCGUAGAGGAUUUUGGAAAGCUGGAUGUGGCGAUCGCGAAUGCUGGAGUAUGCAUAGAGGGCGGUAUUUUGGAGCAGACUCCAGAGCAGUUCCAUAAGCAGACUGAUAUCAACUACUUUGGCGUUUUCCACGUCGCCAAGGCUGCCGGAGAGGUGUUCCAAAAACAAGGGCGCGGCAACCUGAUCAUCACCAGCUCCAUGUCGGCGCACAUUGUCAACGUGCCAGUCGACCAGGGCGCCUACAAUGCUUCCAAAGCCGCCUGCACAAUGCUUGGCAAAUGCCUUGCUAGGGAAUGGAGAGCGUUCGCUCGGGUGAAUAUGGUCUCGCCAGGUUUCUUCCAGACCGACAUGGGAGCCAGACCUCAAAUACUGCAAGAAGCUUACAGGAUGGCCGUACUGGGAAGACAAGGCGAUACGCGCGAGCUAAAGGGCAUCUACCUUUACCUCGCUUCCGACGCUUCCACGUACACUACCGGUUCGGACUUUGUCGUGGAUGGCGGGUACAUCCUCUCGUAG